AUGGCGGAGCCGCCGCGGCUGCAGGGAGCGCCGGGGAUGGCCGGGCCCCCGGGGCUGGAGGAGUGCUCAUCGCGGGGAUUCUCGGAGGAGCAGUUCCGGGCCGCCUGCCGGGAGCUGGACCAGCCGGCGCCGGCCGCGGAGUGCCCCUGGCAGCUCCUGGUGGAGACCAUGGGAGUGCGGAUCUACCGGCUGUACCACGAGCAAUCAGGACUUUAUGAAUAUAAAAUCUUUGGUGGUCUUGCUGACAUUCCCCCAAAAUUGUGUGCAGAUGUCUACAUGGACUUGGAUUUCAGAAAAAAGUGGGAUCAGUAUGUUAAAGAACUGUAUGAGAAAACAUAUGAUGGUGAAAAAGUAAUCUACUGGGAAGUGAAGUACCCUUUUCCUCUCUCAAACAGAGAUUAUGUCUAUAUUCGGGAACGCCGGGAGAUGGAUGUGGAUGGGAGGAAGAUCUGGGUUGUGUUAGCAAAAAGUGUGGCUGUUCCUCAGUGCCCUGAAAAGCCUGGUAUUAUCAGAGUUAAAAGCUAUAAACAAAGCCUGGUAAUUGAAAGUGAUGGCAAGGCUGGAUGUAAAGUCUAUAUGUACUAUUUUGAUAAUCCUGGUGGCAUGAUUCCAUCCUGGCUGGUCAACUGGGCUGCCAAGAGUGGUGUGCCUGCUUUCUUGAAGGAUAUACAAAAAGCUUGCCUUAAUUACUCUAAGAGCACAUAGGUUUAAGAGUGCCAUGCUGGGCAGGUCACAAAUGACAGGCUGAUACUGUGAGCUGCCUUACUUUUAAAGGAUUUUGAAAGAAUAAGUUGGAUUAGAACUAAACAGGCUUCUUGUGUUCUGCCAGCAGUUCAGGCAUUUUUCAAUGUCUUUGACUUGGAGGCUGUCACUGGAUUGAAUAUUACAGUGUUACACAACAUGAUAUAACAAAAUUUUAUAAAGAGACUAUCUGAGGAUGAAUCUUCCUGGAACAAUGAUGCAAACUAAAUAAUUUGCAGUUCUUUCUGAACAAAACUGACCUCUGUGCCACAACAGUCCAAACCUUACCUAUAAUUGUACACCUACCUUAAAAUUUGAGUUGAAAUGUUUACAAGCAACAUGUACCUAGUGAGCUGAGUAUGUGCACAGAGAUGAAUCAUGUACAAAAGAGGUCAUUUUUUCAUUAUUUUUCUCCAGACAAUCUGUAAUUCUGUUUAGUCUUUAAGGAAAUGAAAGCAGGAGAAAGACUGAAAGCAUUUUAUAAUUAUGAAUUCACUUUGUCUUAGUUGUCACCAAGGCAGAGUAUCCAUGUGUAUGCAGUGUGCUGAGGUACUGAGGCUGGGAGUUCAGGAAGGUGAAUGGCUCCUCUGUCAAUCCAGCUGGAAUUUGAUUUCCUACAGACCCACACUGAGCGUGUAGAACACACAGCCUUUGCUCACAUCCAUGCUGAACCCAUUGCACAGGCACUGCUUGUGCUGUACACAACUUUCUGAAUUAAAACACAUUUGAUUAAACAGCAGAUACUAACACCGGCUUUUCCACUGGUUACAAGCAACUAAGCAAUGAUGUGAGAUGAAAGCAACAUCAGAUCUUGUCUUUAAUUCCCUGUGGGCUUUUAAAGUAACAUAAAUAUGCAGAGACACUCCAGUUUAAGUCUGGGUUACUACACCCAUUUGUAUUACUAGGGAAGGAAAGUUUGUGUGAUGUGGCUUCAUCUCUAAAUGGAAGAUUGUGACUAGAAAAAGUUCAGUAUGUUCAGUCUUUGGAUGUAAAGACGUUCUUAAACCAUUGUAGAGCAUUAUUAAUGACUGAUUAAAUAUUGAUCUCCCAUAAAUUAUGCAUGUAUCAUGUGAGCCUUUCUGGAUAGCUUGAGCAGGAAUUUACCUGCAGUGAAAGCUGUUAAGUCACCAUGCAUUAUGAAUUGUGGUGCACAGGGUUAUAAAACACAAACCCCCUUCCCAUGCUAUUUGCUCAUGUAGACCUUGAGGUUGGUUUUGUUUCACCCACCUGCCCAAAACUGGAGUGCAAAGUCACUUCUUUUAGUGAUGUGUUGUAAGAAAAGGAUUGUCUGAAUAAAACAAGAAUGAACAUUUCUGUUAGGUGAUGGCUGAGCCUCUAUCUUUUGUAUCCUACCUCAGUUAACAGAUUGGUAGGUAUCACACUACUGAUUAACAGGGACUAAUGAAGUUUUCCCAGCAGCCAAACAGAACUAGAAAAUGCUGUAGUUUCAGUCAACAAACAGGCUUCUGCUCCAAAGUGCAAUAUCAGAGUUUGCAUAAACUUAAUAAGCUUUGGAUCUAUUCUCAUACAGAAAUUCUGUUCUAAAUUUAGCAGCUCUUACUGAAGCAUGUUUUGGCAUGUUCUUCACAAAAAGAAGUGGUGGUUUUUUCAGAGUGACUGGUUCCCCACUCCCUGUUUCCAUAAGGAAUGAUGCUGUAACAAAAUGAAUAUAAACCAUUCUUCCACGAUGAGUUCCAGCCAUUCAAAUCCAUUAUUUCCAUGCAAUCUCUGUGUACAAUGAAUGUAUUUGAGUUGGAAGGUAGAGUUAAGGGAAAGAUUCUCAUUUUCAGAAGGGAUCUAAUGAUACUUAAAUGUCACUUAGCCAACUGUUAUUUCUCCCUGAGCACAGAUUUACCUUCCUCUAUUGAGAUAAUUCACAACCAAAUUUACUGUCUCACUAUAGUUCCCUGAUCAAAUGACUACACUUUCAGACAAAAAACUUUGUCUUCACUCAUCUCAGUUUCAAGACUCUGAAAACUUUCAUACAAAAAUAGAAAAGAAGAUGUAUGGCAGGAGCAAAGUUGUUAUAAAUUCAGAUGGACUGCAUGAAAGAUAAAUACUUUUUGAUGAGCAGUAAAGAACAAAUCUCUACAGCAGAAUUGGUUUUGCUGGUUCUUUUCAUGCCACUCUUAUUUACCACUGUAGACUUCGGAGUCCUGAUC